UUUUCCAUGACGUAAGAAAAGCAGGCUAUGGUUGUGCAGCAGCUCAACAGUGCCGAAGAGUUCAACAAAUUCCUGCUCGACUGGAAACUUGCUGUAGUGCAUUUCUAUGCAUCAUGGGCGCCACCAUGCGAACAAGUUAAUAAAGUUCUCAAAGACCUUCAGGACGAUUACAAAUCGUACCCUGUUGGAUUCGCUUUCAUAGAUGCUGAGGGUGUGCCCGAUGUCUCUGCCAAACACUCCAUUGCUGCUGCACCUACACUGAUAUAUUUCAAGGCAGGUAAAGAUGUGGAUCGUGUCAAUGGUUACAAACCUAGUGAAAUUGAAUCAAAGCUGACUCAGCAUUCAUUUGACAUUGCAAGUAGUGGACAGGCAACAAAUGAAGCGACUAAAACGGCUAAAAAAGAGGAUUUGGAGACACGACUAAAAAAACUAAUUGGGAUGCAUAGGCUCAUGCUCUUCAUGAAAGGCACUCCAGAUGCGCCUCGAUGUGGCUUUUCUAAGCAGAUGGUUGGACUGCUUAACGAUCUCAAUGCUGACUUCGAUACGUUUGAUAUCCUUUCUGAUGAAGAAGUGAGAGAAGGUUUGAAGGUCUACUCUAACUGGCCAACAUAUCCACAGCUAUACCUUGAUAACGAACUCAUUGGUGGACUAGAUGUUUUCCGAGAAGAGAUGAAGGACAAUGAUUUUGUUGCAAAACUUCCAAAAAAGCAGGCCGAUGAUCUUAACUCACGUUUGAAGUCUCUGAUCGAUUCUCAUAAAUUGAUGCUGUUCAUGAAGGGUGACCGCGACCAACCACAAUGCAAAUUUUCGCGCGCAAUGGUAGAGUUACUAAAUGGAGUUAAAGCCGAUUAUGGGACUUUCGAUAUUCUCAAAGACGAGGAAGUGCGACAAGGUCUCAAGACAUACUCGAACUGGCCUACAUAUCCGCAGUUAUAUCUGAACGGAGAACUCCUGGGAGGCUUGGACGUUGUGAAGGCUGAAAUGGCUGAUGAGAACUUUGUAUCAUCGUUGCCAAAGAAAUCUUGAUAUCUGCGUUUUUUUUUAUUGAGUUGAGGUUUGCUGUUGAGCUUUGCAAACCUUGCAUCACUAGGACUGCAGCGGUUAUCUAGUUUAUUCCAUUCGCUAGAAGUAGCCUUGUUGUUGAUAUUGAUUUAGAUUUUUACAUCUUGUUGUGGCGAGUUCUUUCACCGGUGUUCAACUUGCUAAUCAAUUGUGAUUCUUCUAAGUAUGCUCUAAGAUUUAUUUGCAGUCGUAAUAAAUACGCAUCACUAGUC